AAGGUGCUGUGUCCGAUGUCUCAAAAUCUAGCCCUCUCUUCAUUCUCUUCUCUUCUGUUUUCUGAUGCUGCCGAACAGCUGGACCGCGAGAACAAAAUUGCCGGGAUUUUCCCACGCUUGACGUUCAAAGACAAAUCGACAUACAUCGAAUCGUCAACCAAAAUCUACGAUGAUAUGGCCUUUCGGUACCUUUCCUGGAUCCUUUUCCCCCUGCUGGGUUGUUACGCUGUAUAUAGCCUGCUCUACAUGGAACACAAGGGCUGGUAUUCCUGGAUCCUGAGCAUGCUCUAUGGUUUCCUGCUGACCUUUGGCUUCAUCACCAUGACGCCUCAGCUCUUCAUCAACUACAAGCUGAAGUCGGUGGCUCACCUGCCGUGGAGGAUGCUCACCUACAAGGCCCUCAACACCUUCAUCGACGACCUCUUCGCCUUCGUCAUCAAAAUGCCGAUGAUGUACAGGAUAGGCUGCCUACGCGACGGUAAUGGCUUCUCUCUCGGUCUGGCCCUCCCCCCGCCCUGCGUAACCUCAGCUCUCUGGUUCACCUCCUUCUCCCAAGGUUGUUUUCCUUACACCCAUCCAAGCAGGCUAGACUUCCCAUAAUCC